AUGAGAAAAAUUGCUGCAUUGCUUGUUGAUGGGACGGAGAUUUUGCCCGAUGAGAUUCUGAUUGUCAUUCUUUCCUAUUUGAGUCUGAAGGAAGCAGUAAGGACCAGUGUCCUCUCGCAUAGGUGGAGAUGUUUAUGGCACUUCGCAUCUGGUACUCUUGAGUUUGAUUUUGACCGGUGGAAUGCUAAGAAAGGUGGUACCCAUCAGUUAGAAGCAGCUGAGUUCGAAAGUUUGGAUGUUAGAGCUUUGGAAUUCGACUUGCCCGGAGUUGAUUAUUUCCCUGACCCAGAAAAGUUGUCCAUUUCGAGAGCAGUGAAGCUUCAGGGUAUUGGUCUUUCCUCAUUAACAUCCUUAAAAUUGUUCGGAAUUCACAUCACAGAAAAGAUGGUUGAAUAUCUCUUAUCCAAUUGUCUAUCUCUUGAACAUUUGUGCCUCAAGUAUAUCCAUAAUAUAAAGAAGCUGAGUAUUGUUGGUCCAUCUUUGAAGUCCUUGAUUAUUGACUGUUGCUGUAAGUUGCAAAAUCUGACCAUCUCUGCUGCAAAUCUUGUGUCUUUUGAGUUUGGGGAUUCAUAUAUUGCAGAAUUGCCCAUUAAAUCUCAGAAUGUUCCUAACCUAUCAGAGCUAACACUUCACGGACCGUGGACUUCAGCUUUCCUUUUCAGAAGUAACAAGCAUUCAACAUAUUGCAGUCGUGUGGAGAAGCUUGUUGUGCGUGUACCUGGCCCGAUUAUGAUUGAAGUGAGCGAAUUUACACUUUUUUCCUUUAGAAAACUCCCUCUAUUACGAUGUCUCAAACAGCUGGAGUUGGUACUGUGCACCGCCGCUGAUCAAAGCCUAUGCUUCUUUGUCUUGCUGACUGAGGCGUGCCCUUUCUUGUCAAGACUUGUAAUUCAGUUCAUCCAUGAUUUGAUGGGGACAAAAGAGAAUAUGUUCUCUGCUCAGCGUAGCUACGGAAGCAAAGGUCCCUUACGGACUCAAUUUAAGUUUUUGUUGUCCUUGGUUCAAAUUGCUAACACGCUAGAAAAGAUAAUUAUUGCUUCUAGCGCCGGGUAUAACCGUAAGGAUGGCAUUGCAAAAGCACGAGAACGCGCCAAGCAGCUUGAAGCAAAGUGUGAAAACAGAGAUCAGAGAGGAAUCCUGCCAGAUUUUUUGAUUGCUGCAGAUAUGGAUUUCAUUGGAAUUCAAAAAUAUUUUGCUCCAAAAGAGUUGAUUGACAAUAUGAAAUUUUUGGAUGAUUGUGGUAGUGGCUAUUCUGAUGAUCAAGAAGAAAUUGCUGAGAAAUUGUUUGCAAAAUACAAAGUGCGUCGACAAUUACGUGUAAAUAUGAAGUUAAUAACCAGCAAUAAGAUGGAAUUGCAUGUCACAUAUACAACCACAGAGAUUUGCAUAGAGAUUGUUGUUAGAGAUGGUGUUGGACCUGCCUCAAUAGAGAGAUUGAUUUAA